AUGGCACUUGUGCUGCCCAUUGCUGCCUCAGCCUCUCCGGCCACUCUUCGCCUGCCCAGAGAGCCCUCUCAGCCUUCAUUCUUCAACACCAUCUCCUCUAAUUGUGAACGGAAGAGCCGGAGCUCGAAGAUUUUGGCCCCAGGGCUCCGCCGUGGUGGAUCGAAUGCUACCGUCCAAUUGUUCGAUGAAUUGCCUGAUAAAUACGACUGGUCUUCUUCCUCCGGUGUUUCUUCUUCCCCUCACAGUGGCGGCUUCGACAGAGCUCUCAUUUCAUUUCAGAGGAUGCUUAUUGAAGGAUCGAGGCCGGAUGGACACUUGCUGCGGACCUUGCUCGAGGAAAGUAAAGCGAUGGAGGACAUCGGGCUCGGAAAGCAGCUCCAUAGUUUUGCUAUACGAGGUGGUUUUGGGGUUGAUAUUGGAGUAAGGGUAGCUCUGAUAAAUAUGUAUGCCGAUCUUGGGAUGUUGGGUGACUCUAGGAGGAUUUUUUAUGAGAUCUCGAGGACUUCUCUUAACGACAGGCAAUUAUGGCACGCCAUAAUAUCUGCAUACAUCUCGCAUAAUUACUUACUUGGAGCUUUUUCGUUAUAUCACGAAAUGCUCUCUCUCGGAUUCGACAGGCCAACAGCGUCCACCCAUGUCAGCAUUGUCAAGGCUUGCGGGUCAUCAGGAGAAGAGAGAUUCGGUAUGAUGAUUCAUGGGAGGAUCAUUAAAGAUGAGGAGUUAGUCAAAGAGACAAACUUGCAGAACUGUCUUGUCACAUUCUACGCAAAGGGCGGGAGGUUAGGAUAUGCAAAUCGGUUGUUUCAAGGUAUCCAUAGGAAAGAUAUUGUUUCAUGGAAUGCGAUUAUUUCAGCGAAUGAACUGAACAGGAGGGAUGAUGAGGCAAUACAUCUGUUUUAUCUAAUGAUUAGAGAUGAUCCUUUUGUUGUUCAACCGAACCGUGUAACGUUUCUUAGCAUUCUUGCUUCUGUCUCUAGACUGGGAGCUCUCAGGCUUGGUAAGGAAAUCCAUGGCUACAUCAUUAGAUCAGGAACUGCAAUCGAUACGACAGUAGUUAAUGCUCUCAUCACUAUGUACUCGAGGUGCAAGGAAAUCGGGAAAGCAGAAGUGACUUUUGAGAGGACGCUAUGUAAGGACAUAAUAACGUGGAAUUCGAUGCUUGCUGCUUAUGAAAAGUACAAGCUGCAAGAGAAAUGUUUCAACUUGUUCAACAGGAUGCAAGCUUCAGGCCAGAAGCCCGAUUAUCACAGCUUUACCAUUUUAUGCAGUGCUGCUGCUUUAGAGUCGCCUGCUAAAAGAUUGCCUACUAUGAGAGCUCGGGAGAUACAUGGGCAUAUACUGAGGAGAUGUUCGUUGGAGGUAGCGGAAAGUGCUCCUGUUUGUAACUCUGUACUUAAAAUGUAUUCCAAGUGCGGUUGCAUCGAAUAUUCCAAGAAGGUUUUUGAUGGUAUGAGGCAUAGGGAUUCAUAUUCCUGGAAUGCAAUUAUUGAUGGGUAUUCCCACAAUAAACAAUUCGAGGAUGCUUUCCUCAUCUAUAUAAGGAUGCUUGAACUGGAUUUGGAAAUAGAUCAUUUUACCUACUCGAUUCUUCUUACCUCCUGUGGUUCAUCAGUCUCUCUUCACUUAGGGAAGCAACUUCACUCGAUCAUACUAAAGACUGCCGGAGGGCAAGAAACUGACUCUGUAAAUGAGAAUGCUCUGUUGUCGAUUACAAAUUCUCUAAUAUCUAUGUACUCGAAAUGUGGAAGCAUCGAAGAUGCCUCUAAAAUAUUCUUGAAGAUGGAGAGAAGGGAUUUGAUUUCUUGGACAGCCAUGAUUACGGGCUACGGAGAGCAUGGGAUGGUGCUUGAGUCCUUCCAGCUGUUUGAGAGAAUGAAGGAAAGUGGAGUCGAUCCUAAUGAAGUAACAUUCCUUGGGCUUCUCAUGGCUUGUUCUCAUGGUGGUCUAGUCGAGAUGGGAACCCAUUAUUUCCGUUCAAUGACUGAGGAUUAUGGGCUAUGCCCGAGCCUCGAACACUACGCUUCCAUGGUAGACUUAUAUGGCCGAGCUGGUGAGCUAAAUCGGGCGAGAGAAUUUCUCGAAUCAGCCAUUUCCAAUACCAGACCCGACACUGAUGACGAGGUUAAGCUAUGGAAGGCUUUGCUUAGCUCAUGCCACUCACAUAAGGAGUUGGAUCUCGGAGUUAAAGCUGCAAUAAGAGUUCUCGAGCUUGCCCCAGAGGAAGAAUCAACUCGCGUUCAGCUCUCGAAUCUUUAUGCAAUAUCAGGUUUGUGGGAAGAUGCAAUAAAAGUUAGGAGGAUCACGCAGGAGAAAGAAUUAAAGAAGGAAGUGGGCUGUAGCUGGAUAGACGUUAAGAACACAAGGCACACCUUUGUGGCGGGUGAUAUGCAUCACGAAGAGAGGAGAGAGAUUUACGAGAAGCUCGGUGAAUUGGAGAUGAAAGUUCGGGAGCUGGGAUAUUGUCCAAUAACAGACUUCGUGGUUCAUGAUGUGGAGGAGAUUGAGAAGGAAGCAAUCGUGCAGAGUCACAGCGAGAGACUGGCUGUGGCAUUCGGACUUCUGAAGAGAAGGACGGGGAUUACGGGUGCAGUUCAGGUGAUCAAGAACUUGAGAGUUUGCAGAGACUGCCACAACUGGAUGAAGUUCACAUCUCUGGUGGAGAAGGCGGAGAUCGUGCUGAGAGAUUCUCGGAGAUUCCAUUGCUUCAGGGACGGGAAGUGCACUUGUGGCGAUUUCUGGUGA